AAUUGCAGUUCCUCUUGGAUUUCGUGGCCCCUCGCCUUCCUACUUCAGGGCGUGUUUGAUGACCUAGUGGAUGACCCCGCCCUCCCCGUAAGGUUCCGCAACUGGAAUACAACACUGCGUCUCAAGGGCACCUCGCCGUCGCGCAUUGUGGAGAAGAUCGUCGAGAGGCGCUCCCCACAGCCGUCCCCGAGCACCUCCCCGCUGCCGCCGGAGACCCAGCCGCACCUCGGGCCCUGCUGCCUCGCCCACACCAGCACCCACCGCUCCUCGUCCCGCUCCCAGCACAUCCAGCCGCAGCGGUGCAAAGGCGACAACACCACCCACUGCGCCUGCUGUCUGGAGCCUGUCACGGCGCCCUCCUCGAACUGCAGCAGCCGAAGUACAUCCCCGAAGGUCAAUGGAAGGAGUUAAGGCGGUGGUGAGGGAUGGAUAGGUGAUGUGAUGCUGAGGAAUGGAGUUGGAGAUGAGAGGGGAUGAUGAUGCUGGUGGUAGUGAAAGAGAAAGAGGAGGAAAACAGGAGGAGGGGAGAGAGAGGAAGGUUUAGUUAGUGUGUGCCCUGAAGAUAAAAAAAAAAAAAAAAUAAGGAGGAGUUAAACAAAUGAAAAAGGAGGAAGAGAAAGGGAGGAAGGUUUAGUUAGUGUGUGCCCUGAUGAUGAAAAAAAUAAGGAAGAGUUAAACAAAUAAAAAAAAGAUAAUGAACGUGAAAGAGGAGGAGGGUAUUGUGUGGUGGUGGUGGAGGAGGAGGAGGAGGAGGAAGAGGAGGAGGAAAACAGAUAAAGGAGAAGAAAAAAAAGGUUCCGCCAAUGUGUACUAUGAAUAUAAGAAUAAAAAUAAGAAUGGAAAUCAAAUAAAUAAAUAAAGAGUUACUGAAUGUCGAAGAGACGGAUGCUGUGUGGUGGUGGAGGUGGUGGUGGAGGUGAUAACUGUAGUGGAUGGAGAUGACCGAGAUGACGUAAGGAAGAGAAGAUGGAGGACGGAGGAGGAGGAGGAGGAGGAGAAGAGUAUGGUGGUGAGUAAAGAGGCUGCGGAGGUGGAGAUAAUGACAGGGAAUGACCGGGAGGAAUAGGAGGAGGAGGAGGAGAAGGAGGAGGAAUGGAGGAGGAGAAGGAGGAGGAGGAGGAGCAAGAGGAGGAGGAGGAGGAGGAAGAGGGGGAGGUGGUAAUGACAGUAGAUGGCAAGGAGUUGGAAUCGUUUAGAGGAAGAUUAAAUACUCAAAGAGGCCGUGAGGUUAAUAGUGUGAGGAGGAGGAGGAAGAGGAGGAGGAGGAGGAGGAG